AUGGCUGCGAUACGCUCGAUAGCGUCGCACCCUGGUGCCGCGACGGUCCUAAAGUCGGCAAACUCGACAUUUUUGGGCGACAUUUGCCCUCGGCUUGCGCGCUCCUUUACAACUCCCUCCAACACAAACUCUGCGAAAACAGCGCGGCUCCCUUUCCAAAUACACCCACACAAAUUUCAUGGCCGCAGGGCAAUCUUGGUCCAGACCCGGAGGUUCUCAAAUUCGAUAGCGCGGCGGAAAACGAUAUCCCUCACUGAACCUCGGCUAGACGACGACGGCAAGGAGAUGCUCCUCGAGAUCACACCCCGCGCCGCUCAGAGGCUCUCCGAGAUCAUGAAGGUGGGCAAUGAUCCAGGGUUCGCCCUCAGGAUCAAGGUCCAAAGUGGAGGAUGUCACGGCUUCCAGUAUCUUACGACGAAUGACUCGGUUGGUGAACUCUCGACACUCGAGGAGGAUGAGUGCGUCUUGCGCUUCGUGGAUGAUGAUGCGACAGAAAUCGACAAAUCUCUUCACGGGCCCAAAAUUGUACUGGACGAGGCGUCACUCAUGUCAUUGCAGGGGAGUAAAGUGGAUUAUAUCCAGGAGCUCAUCGGGUCGAGGUUCGAAGUCACGGACAACCCGCUGGCUGAAAAUAGCUGCGGAUGCGGUAGCAGCUUCAGCCUCAAAUUAUAG